AUGGUUCAGUCUGAAACUAUCGCUUCUCCCACCCCUCCAACUCCCAAGCGUCGCCUCAUCCCGACUCGACUCACAGACCACACCACACCAGCACCUGAUCCCACCCUGCCUCGUCUCAGCUCAAUCACGCAGGACUGGUUCCCGAUCGUAUCCUCUCCCGCCAACUUCUCCCUCUCUCAUUUCCAUCAAGCAUGCAUCGAUAUGACCUCCCACCCCGAGCAUCUCAGUACGACCAUCCUCCGCGCCGAUCUCAUUCACGAUAUUGCGCUCGGAGAGCAGGAACAGGACGAUAAUGAAUUGGCAGGGUUCCAAUGUCACCGCAAGAUUAGGAGGAGGUUGUUACCCAAGCGAAAGUUCGAUUGGGAGAUGACACAAGAUUGUUGCGUUUAUACACGGCCGCGGUCGCUGCAAUCGGUCGACAAUGUACUGGCCGAGCAUCUCCGCUCCUCCGAGACCGACGAGGAAGGCGCCGUCAUCUUGAGACCCGACUUUGAAUCUUUGCCCGAGGUGGCCAACUCCAAACUCCCUUACUAUCACCCACAAGUCGUUUCUCUGGCUUUUCGCUACAUCCCGUCUACACCCGUUGCGACAGGUUUGGAAGACGAUGAAGCCGAAGUCGGAGCAGAAUCUUCCUCCUCCUCGGCAACGAUCAGGAUCGACAUUAUCCCCCUACCCAAUACCGAUCCUUCACAAUCCAACAAAGCCUCCGAACGCAUCUAUCGAUCCUGUCUCAGUUUGCUCGGGUUCCUCCACACCGUUGGGUCAGGAAUGGUGAAGGGGUACGACAAGAAGGUCUUUCAUGAUUUGCUGGCGAAGAAGGAGGAUGUGCAGGAUCUGUACAGGUGCCUCAAGGGGAAAUACGAGUGAGUUGGAGAGGAGAUCUACAGAGCCUUUGUCACGAGAGUUCCUCUGACUUGGGAGUGCGUCGACGUGGACAGAACUGACUUGAACGAUCCGGCCCAUGCUGCGCGCAUCACUUUUGUCAGAUGGAUGGCCCAGGAGUGGAAGGAAGAGACGGAUCCGCAAAAGCACUUAUUCGAGGAUGUGAGUCCAACGCUUAAGAUUAGGUUUUCACCGCGAAAGAGAAAUUUCCGGAGCUGAAUGCUUCACUUUGGAAUGCCUCAGGUUGCGAUUGCUGCUUGGCUUAUUGUCGUUUGGCGGGACAUGUACGCCGAUUCGGAUGGCAAACCACCGGGAGGAUUCGUCGAUGUCGGGUGCGGGAAUGGACUCUUGUACGUUAACAUUCGCCAUAAUGUUCCGACCAUACGCUCAUGCCCUGCGGUCUUUGUCUUCCCGUGCAGAGUCCACCUUCUCUCAAGGGAAGGUUAUCCAGGCUACGGCCUCGACCUCCGAGCGCGCAAAUCCUGGGCGCACUACACCCCGCAACCGGACCUCCGAACCCAAUCUCUCGAUCCACCAGCUCUGCUCACCGCAGACGAUUCUCCCUUCCCCAUCAACAGUUUCCUCAUCGCCAACCACGCCGACGAGUUGACACCUUGGAUCCCGCUCUUCGCUUCUAGAACGCCAGGGGCCAAGUUCCUCAAUAUCCCGUGUUGUCACCAUACCCUCUCCGGACGCUUCACAGCCUUACACUACACGAUACCUCAGCCCGUCCUCGAUCUUGGCCUGGGUCCAUCAUCCGACCCUCCGUCAGACUCGAAAUUGAUGACCCCCUUCUUCGCCCCCGCCCCAAACCUCUCAACCGGACGAGCCCACGCUUUCCAAUUAUACCUCGCGCACUUAACGAUCUUGUGCGGCUUCGUGCCUGAACGGGAAGCGCUGAGGAUCCCUUCGACGAAGAACUUUGGCUUCCUGGGACGACGAAGGGUCGAGGGGCUUUCGGAUGAGGAAGUGAGGACGAAUGUGGAUGGGUUGUUGAAAGAUUAUGGGUCGGGCUGGACGGCUCGGAUCCCGGAGGGCAAAGCCGGUUUGGGGAAGCAGAAUGGUGGAGCACAUGCUUGA